AUGUGGCUCUAUGAGGCUGCCAACCAGGCCGCCAAGGAGCGCGUCGUUCAAGUGCAGGAGAAGGCCUCCAUCAUCGUCGCGCAGGUCCAAGAUGAGGCGCAGACGCUCCUCAACUCGAUGAGCCUCCAGCAAGAGAAUCCGUCGACGAGCAUCUUUGAGAAGCUGGACGACUACAAGGCCUUUCUGGUGGUCAUUGACGUUGACGACAAGACGGAGGAAGUCGCGGCGAUCCUGAACGACACAUCUUGGACCUCCGCACGGUGA